UCUUGGCUCCCUAGCACUACCGUUGGUAGGGGCCCCAGCUCCCCCAGCGCGCGCUGCCCUCUGCGCAGGCAGCCAUGCGGCCCGUUGGGGUGCUGCUCGCCUUCUGCUGCCUGGUCUUGAGCACCACCGGGGAUCAUUUGCGAGGUUUUUGUUCCCAGACCCUUAACCCAGAUGGGAAGCCAGGAUUUCCCAAAAAAAUAAACCCCCACGACCCAGGAGUCCUCCAAGCAGCCAGACACAGCGCUGAAAGGUUCAACAACUGUACCAAUGACAUCUUCUUGUUCAAGGAGUCUCACAUCAGCAGAGCUCUGGUCCAGAUCGUGAAGGGCCUGAAGUAUAUGCUUGACAUGAAGAUUGGCAGAACUUCUUGCAAGAAGAUCCAGCACCCUAUUCUAGAUAACUGUGACUUCCAGACCAACCAUACCUUAAAAAGGACUUUCAGCUGCUACUCAGAAGUUUGGGUCAUCCCCUGGCUCCAGAAGUUCGAGGUGUCCGUUCUCCACUGUCACUGACUUCCGCCUCUCAACCACACUGCACUCAUGCUCUGUACUGCGCUAGGUCACAGCCCGGCCCUGGCUGUCACAGGCCCUCGGACCUUCCGAAGUAGUCCCUCACCAGUGAGCAGAAAUGGGAGUGCCCCUGGGCUCAGCAUAGAGUAGCUGGAAUUAUGUAUUUCGCAUUUUCUUCUAACCCUAAUUUCACUGAUGCUUUGGUGGUAAUUACUCAGGUUCUGGACCCCUGAGUGAGCCUCCUCCCAUCCACUCCCACCUGAUUACUUGGUGGUCCCACAUUCAGCAAUGAAAGCGCAGAGAUCCAUCCCUUUGACCAAAUUAACGGUUACAGCACUGGGCAGGGGGACAAGUCAGCUAUUGUGCAUCUUGACCUUUUGUGCAUGAAUAAAGUUAUGAAUAAAUAUGAAUAAAGAACUGACCAACACAAA